CCUCCCAAACUGCUGGGAUUAUAGGCGUGAGCCACCAUGCCCAGCCAACAUUUUUAAAAAUGAGAUAGCCAACUUGAACCAGAAGCUCAUCUGUGAAUGAAACAGAAUAAACCAAUACCUUUCACUUAACCUCAUUCUAAUUAUGUAUUCUCAUAGUAUUAUGUGGUAGUUUUUUAGAACACAUUUUACAGUAUAUGAUUGAUUCAUUAAUUUUUUUUUUCUAAACCUUUGAAAAGAAAAUAUAUAGCAUUGUUAAACCUUUUCUUCGUAUUCAGUACUACUGUAAUUGUUUUUUGGACCAGGUUUUUUAGUAUUUGAUUUCAUCUUGUUGGGUUCAACCUAUCUUUUAGAUUGCCAGUUGUGUCCACACAUUCCCAGCCCUCAAGUUCAUAUCUAUCAAAGCUCUCAGUAUAUCAUCUGUAGCCUCAUUUAUGUCAUUUAUUAAAGUUCUGAAUUGGUAAUUAGUUUAAUUGGUAAUUAUUUUAAUUCUUAAAAUCUUAAAAGUUUAAGAUUUCAUUAGUCCUGGAUAUUGUAGAAAGGAAUGUUUUGAAGUAAACGUCAGAAGAAAUUUGGAAAAUAAUCUUAUUGACAACUUUAUUUUCAGAUUUCUAGUUUGGAAUAUAAGUCAAGGUUUUUAUAGUCUAUAUUAUUUUUUCUUUGUUUUCAGAGAUCCAUCUGUCUCCAAGUCUGUAGAACGAAUCUUUAAAAUCUGGGAAGAUAGAAAUGUAUACCCAGAAGAAAUGAUCGUAGCAUUGAGAGAAGCUUUGAGUACCACUUUCAAAACUCAGAAGCAGCUGAAAGAAAAUCUGAACAAACAACCGAAUAAGCAGUGGAAGAAAUCACAAACAUCUACAAAUCCAAAAGCUGCUCUCAAGUCUAAGAUAGUUGCUGAAUUUCGAUCUCAGGCCCUAAUUGAAGAGCUGUUGCUAUACAAGCGCUCAGAAGAUCAGAUAGAACUGAAGGAAAAGCAGUUGUCAACUAUGAGGGUGGAUGUGUGCAGCACGGAAACUCUCAAAUGCUUAAAAGAUAAAACAGGUGGGAAGAAGUUCUCCAAAGAAUUUGAAGAGGCAAGCUCCAAGUUGGAAGAAUUCGUGAAUGGAUUAGAUAAGCAGGUCAAAAAUGGACCCUCAUUAACAGAAGCACUGGAAAAUGCUGGAAUUUUCUAUGAAGCACAAUACAAAGAAGUAAAAGUGGUGGCCAAUGUAAGUAAUAAUUAAAACUGUCUCAUACUGAAUGCUUGUUACUGUAUUUCAGAGACUAUUAACAUGAAUUUUCUCUAACUCUGUUAGGAUAAGCAUUUUUAUCUCCCUAUCAUAGAUGAACAAAUUACUUUUGGGCUAGGUGCUAUGGCGCAUACCUAUAAUCCCAGCAUUUUGGGAGGCUGAGGCAGGAGAAUUGCUUGAGCCCA